GGUUGCGCUGCUUGCCAGUCCUCAUUCCUGACACGGCGAUCGUCGUUCGGUUCUUAACUCCUCUGGAACACACACAGAUACCAUUAUUUUAACAGGCUCCGUUCAGUGGCUUACCUGACUAUGGACGCGGAAAUAUAAGCACAUAGUUGUCCUUUAUAUCGUAUGUGUUAAAUGUGAUUGACUUGUUUUUAAUGACAGGUAGAAGUAUUCGCUUGUUAUCCGCUAGAGUAUCAUAAGGAGAAAGAAAAGUUUCUUAAACAUUAAAGCGUAGGCUCCAAGUUUUCUUUCAAAAUGUUUUAACACGUAUUUUCAAGGUGACAGCAAAGUGUUGAAGGAAGGAAAUUGAAUUAGAUCUGUGCGUACUCUACGGACUUUUAACCCAUAUUUAACUAACUUAGGAUGCAGCCAACAGCGAUUAGAUUGGCAAUGUUGCUGUUCUACGUGUCUUUUCUUCUGGCAACGGACUGGCCCUUGGCUACGUCAGCCACGACCCUGCAGCAGCAGAAGACGGUGAGCACCUUCACCCGCGAGAACAGCAGCAGCAUCACCAUCUCCAUCGGCAGCAGGAGGGCCCAGAGCACCAACAUGCAGCUGGGCAUGAGCCUCAGCGGCAGCAGCAGCAGCCCCGUGGAGCCCAUCAAGCCCCUACUGGACCUGAGUAACUCCGGGUCCGAGGACGAGGACGGGGAGACACCCCCCUACCCCAUCUUCGACGAGGCCGCCCCCAGGAACAUCUCCUCCAUGACAGGCAACGCCGCUUACCUGCACUGUCUCGUGCACAACCUGGGCAACAAAAGCGUAUCAUGGAUCCGGCAGCGAGACCUCCACAUCCUGACGGUGGGGCGAUACACCUACACCACGGAUCAGAGAUACGAAGUGAUCCAUUCGCAGGGAUCCAAGGACUGGAUCCUGAAAAUCAAGUACGCCCAGGUGCGAGAUUCUGGUAGAUACGAGUGCCAGGUGUCUACGAAGCCCGUCCGGUCCUAUAUCGUUGAACUGAACAUUUACGCUCCACAAGCCGAGAUCAUCGGGGCGCCGGACAUGCACGUAGAUAAAGGAUCGACGAUUAACUUGACGUGCGUAAUCGCCCACAGCCCAGAACCUCCGGCAUUUAUCUUUUGGUACCACAACGGAAAGGUCAUCAAUUACGACUCUCCAAGAGGAGGCAUUACGGUAGUGACCGAACGUGGUAAUUCUACGAGUGGAUAUCUUUUAAUACAGGAUGCUAGACCAUCGGACACCGGCAACUAUUCUUGCGCCCCUUCGAACACCGCAUAUACUACCCUGAGGGUCCACGUCCUCAAUGGCGAGACUCCGGCAGCGAUGCAGACGAACGGGGUCAUGUCCACAUUGGUCCCUCCAUCCAGCACCCUCCUGUGGCCCAUUCCACUUCACAUAAUGCUCCUGGACCUCUUCUUCCUGCUGUGGGAUCCACCACUGCAGAACCUCUUCAGGUGGGAAGGAGGUCCUUAAGAUUGCUGAACCAAGUCGUCGUCUGCGCAGAGAUGUCUCCACCGCACGUUCCAGCCAGUUACGCAGGAUCAAGGCCCUUCAAACAGAGUAUAUUUGAAGGACCUUGCGCAGAAUUAUUUGCAAUAACUUAAGCGCCGGAAUACGGGAGCGCCAAGAUGCGCCCAUUCUGGAGUAGUCCCUUGAAAACAGCGACCUCCAAGGAGUAUACAGAGGAGUAUUCAGUGUAUACUAUCGCUUAUUUGGGCGAUGUAUCUUAUUUCUUGUAAAUAGAAACAGGUGGUUGACUUUUAGUAAAUACAUAAUGUUGACUGUUUAUGCAGUUGCCUCUAUAAUUGGAAACGUACAGAGGUAUAUACACCCUAGAAACAGUAGUAUUUCGCACAUACCUGGAAAGUGCCUUGUACAUAGACUGAUCUCAAAAUGAUCCAGAUGUUGUGUAAGUGUCGGCAGAAAGUGGCAAGAGAAUUAUUUUAAUGUUAGUGCUCUUAAUGAUCAGUGUCUAAUUACCGAGUCUUCUUUCUAUCUUUAUGCGUGUAUAUACU